AUGGGGAGCCCUUGGCAGCGUCUAUGCACGCUGGGAACUGUCCUCCUUUGCAUCGUGAGGGGCGACGUGCUCCCGGAGGGCAUCAACAGGAGGCCAAUCAUUGGAAUAUUGGCACAAACUAGCCACAUGAAAGACCUUGGAAAGUAUUACAUUGCUGCUUCAUAUGUAAAAUAUCUGGAAUCUGCAGGUGCAAGAGUUGUGCCAAUCAGGAUACUUUUACCCGGUGGAGGUGUCGAUCUUCAGACUUCUAAAUAUAGCCAUGUAGCCCGACUGUUUUAUGACAAAGCCAAGCAGGCUUUUAAAAGAGAAGAUUAUUUUGCCAUUUGGGGAACGUGCCUUGGAUUCGAAGAGCUUACUGUCUUAACCAGUGGGAAACUAUUACUAACUCAGACCAACACUUCUGGAAUUGCUUUGCCAUUAAACUUUACUAAAGCAAUAAAUGAAAGUAGGAUGUUUCAGAAUUUCCCUAAGGAUUUACUAGAGGCACUGGCAACAGAACCCAUAACUUCAAAUUUUCAUACGUGGAGCCUUUCCUUGAAGACUUUUAUGGAGAAUAAGGAGCUAAGUGAAUUUUACAAGGUUUUAUCUACAAAUACAUAUAAAGGCAUCGAAUUUGUCUCCACAAUGGAAGCAAAAGAUUACCCAAUUUAUGGUGUCCAGUGGCAUCCAGAGAAGAAUGCUUUUGAAUGGAAGAAUUUAAAAGGUUUAGUCCAUUUACCCGUAGGUAUUAAAAUGUCAUUCUACCUGGCAGACUUCUUUGUAAAUGAAGCUCGAAAAAGCCACCAUCGUUUUGCAAGUAAAGAAGAAGAAGAAAAGGCAUUGAUUUAUAAUUAUAAUCCUGUUUUCACUGGGAAUUUUUCUUCAUUUCAGCAAUGCUAUUUUUUUGAUUGAAUGUCCUUGGAAAGUUUUGUUAGAACCACAGUGAUUUGUAAAUGGAGUCAUUAAACUGUUGUUAUUCAUGUCAGUGGCAA